AGUCUCGAUAGCUGCCCGGUUGAGGUCAUUCGUCGGCUCUUCAAUCGCUCGUGGCGAUUUAUGGAUGCAUACCGUAUGGGAUUGACCGGGAAAGCUGCUGAAUGGGCCGUGCGCAAGCAGAAGUCGCACAGGAGGGCCGGACCGCGCACAAUAAUGUCUGUAGAUGCAAUGUUGCAUCAGCAUAACACCAAUGCCUCAGAAAUCUAG